GGCUGGAGUGCGUGUGCGUGGUCACCUUCGACCUGGAGCUGGGCCAGGCGCUGGAGCUGGUGUACCCCAGUGACUUCCGGCUCACGGACAAGGAGAAAAGCAGCAUCUGCUACCUGUCCUUCCCUGACUCCCACUCAGGCUGCCUCGGAGACACUCAGUUCAGCUUCCGCAUUCGGCAGUGUGGCGGACAGAAGAGUCCAUGGCAUGCCGAGGACCAGCACUACAACAGUGGGGCGCCCAUGUCGUUGCAAAGGGAGCCAGCACACUACUUUGGCUACGUGUACUUCAGGCAGGUGAAGGACAGCUCCAUGAAGAGGGGCUACUUCCAGAAGUCCCUGGUGCUGGUGUCCCGCCUGCCCUUUGUCCGGCUGUUCCAGGCGCUCCUGAGCCUGAUUGCCCCUGAGUACUUCGACAAGUUGGCCCCCUGCCUGGAAGCGGUGUGCAAUGAGAUUGACCAGUGGCCAGCCCCUGUGCCCGGGCAGACCCUGAACCUGCCUGUUAUGGGAGUCGUCCUCCAGGUUCACGUCCCGUCCAGGGUGGACAGGCCUGAACACAGUCCUCCGAAGCAGUGUAGCCAUGAGAACCUGCUGCCCGCCCCCGUGGUCCUCACCAGCGUCCACGAACUGGACCUGUUCAGGUGCUUCCAGCCUGUGCUGACCCACGUGCAGACUCUGUGGGAGCUUAUGCUCCUCGGGGAGCCCCUGGUGGUCCUGGCACCCUCGCCCGCCAUGUCCUCAGAGAUGGUGCUGGCCUUAAUCAGCUGUCUGCAGCCCCUCAAGUUCUGCUGUGACUACCGCCCCUACUUCACCAUCCAUGACAGCGAGUUCAAGGAGUUCACCACGCGCACGCAGGCCCCACCAAACGUGGUUCUGGGAGUCACAAACCCUUUCUUUAUCAAAACACUCCAGCAUUGGCCCCACAUCCUCCGUGUUGGAGAGCCCAAGAUGUCAGGGGAUCUUCCUAAGCAGGUCAAGCUGAAAAAGCCCUCUAGACUGAAGACGCUUGACACCAAGCCAGGCCUCUACACCACGUACUCGGCCCACCUCCACCGGGACAAGGCACUGCUCAAGCGGCUGCUCAAGGGGCUGCAGAAGAAGAGGCCCUGGGACACACAGACAGCUCUGCUGAGACGGCACCUCCUGGAGCUCACGCAGAGCUUCAUCAUCCCCCUGGAGCACUACAUGGCCAGCCUCAUGCCCCUGCAGAAGAGCAUCACACCCUGGAAGGACGACUUCCUGCGUAGCCUGGAGCACGCCGGGCCCCAGCUCACCUGCAUCCUCAAGGGCGACUGGCUGGGCCUCUACAGGCGGUUUUUCAAGUCCCCCCACUUUGACGGCUGGUACCGACAGCGGCACAAAGAGAUGGCCCAGAAGCUGGAGGCCUUGCACCUUGAGGCUAUCUGUGAGGCGCAGAACAUCGAGACUUGGAUGAAGGACAAGUCUGAGGUGGAGGUCGUGGACCUGGUCCUGAAACUUCGGGAGAAGCUGGUGCAGGCGCAGGGCCACCAGCUCCCGGUGAAGGAGACAACACUAGAGCGGGCACAGCUGUACAUCGAGACGGUCGUCGGCUCUUUGCCCAAGGACCUGCAGGCUGUCCUGUGCCCUCCCUAGGACAGGGCCCAGGGGUGAGGCCCAGGGGCCUGGGUCUGGCCAAGCUUCCUUCUCCUCGGUGAGCGGUGGCCCCAGCCAGGCACGAGCUCCCGACCUGAGCUCCCUGCAGCCGCUGUCUGGCCUUGGCCCCCCCAUCAGCACGCAUGUUGUUUCAGCAGUAAAGGUGGCAUUUGGAACCACA